AUGGUCGAUGUUAAAGACCCCGUUGGGGAUGUAGAGAUCUCCAAUGCGGAGGUUCCUUGUCCCAUCUCUUCGAGCAAGAUGACAUUCAAUCCAUCGGUCAACUCCCUCGAGAUGGAUCCAAAACAUGGGCUCUAUCCAAGCAAAGCUGAACGGGAUCUCCAAUAUCAGCACAUCCCUCUUCCACCACCAUCAAUCAACCUCACCUCUGAGCCAGGGUCAUCCAGCCGCAUUUCCAAAUUGACAGACUCAACUUCAACCAAAAAGCAUUCAGUCCCAGGCAGUGAUUUGCCCCUUGGUCGCUCGGAAUAUCCAACCUCAAUUUCCCAAGCGUCAGAUUUCCUGGUAAGGGAACGAAAGCUCAGUGAAAUGACCGAGAAAUAUCCCGAGGCCAUCAUGCCACCAGGCCACUCUUCCAUCGGCGGGACUCUCCCUAGUUCAUUCUCAAACGCCAGUAUCAUCACUACCACGUCUACCGUUGUCCCAGUCUCAGCUCCCUCCCUGUGUUCAAUUGACGAAGAUUUGAUAACCCGGGCAAUUGCAUGGUUAGACCAAGACGCACCCGAGCUUGCACUUUCCAUCGCGCCCUUUACCCCCCUCGAUCCAGAGCCUUUACCCUCUGCCCAAAACCCCAGCGCCUCAACGAUUCAUCCGCCAGUCUGCCCGUCUUCAAAUGACGGCCUCUCCACCACUCUAUCCGUUCGCUAUUGCCCUCAGUCUUCUGAUCCAACUCAACUAGCCAGCCCUCCGCCUGAAUACCACCCAGACCGACCCGCCAGAUACCCUUUCCUUCCGAAUCCAUUACAAUUGAAAACUUGUGACCAGGAUUCUGGGCCCUGGCAUGACUCGCUCUGCUUGACCGUCCCCGGAAUGUACACCAAAUCUCAGCUUGAGCACAAUCAUGUCUGCUCCAAUAGUCCUAAGUGCCAGGGGGGAAUGACCCCGAAGAACGAAAGCACCUGUCCGGUCAUCAUCAGCGCAAUCUGGGCUAUUAGUAUCCCACUCGGUUGCUUGAUUUGUAAUGGGCCCUGGCUGGUCGAAUAUUCCGAGAAACCGCCAAUCGGAACAGCUGUCUUGAUCUUAUACUGUUACCUCAUCGUCAUAAUGUUAUCAUCAAUGUGGAAGGCAGCAUGGAGCGACCCCGGCAUCAUUCCAAGAAAUCUCGACCUCGAACCGGAAAAUGAAUGGGAUGAAGAGCGCUCCCCGGCUCAAGAUGGGCAUAUCAUGAAAGAAGCCCAGUCGCUCUCCCCGACACGAAUUCGGGCACGUGCGGUCAACAUAGGUGACUAUAUCGUCCCAUUAAAAUGGUGUCGUCGUUGUCGAACCUACCGACCCCCACGAGCGAGCCAUUGCAGGAUUUGUGAUUAUUGCGUCCAACAGUCCGAUCACCAUUGUACAUUCCUCAACAAUUGCAUCGGCCGCAAGAAUUACUUCGUCUUCCUGGUCUUCCUGUUCACCACCGCUGUGGCCAUGCUGAGCACAAUGGCUAUCUCCAUUUGCCAUCUUGCUCUGAUUCCCGACCGUGCUGCCAACCCGGACGCGAUCGGCAACUACGUUGUGAUCGGGUUGGCGUUCUUACUUGGCGUUCCCGUCCUCGGCUUAUUGGUCUUCCACAUGAGAUUGAUUUCCAGAAACGUGACUACCACGGAACGCUUGAGGCCUAUCAUUAUCCAAGAGGAUGGGGUUGAAUCCUCAGCGAGACGAGAUGUGCGCAUAUAUUCGCUAGAAGCGUGA